AGUGUGUGUGUAGGAAAGGAGUCGAGCAGAGAGAGCUGCUUUUUCAUGAAACGGGACUAAAGUAGUAAACUUACAGGAACAUAUACCACUACCCACGUUUGGAUCGAUAUCUGCAUCGAUCUGCACACCCUUGUCUCCUGGAUUGUAGCUGAGAUCAGCGUGAACCACGUGGGUCUCUGCUCCCUGAUCUGUUUCCUGUUUGAAAAGACUUCCGGCUUUAUCGCGGAGUUUCUCUCGGUUUGUGGGCUCAUCUAAAGAGAGACAGCCAGGUUCAUAAUGGAUAUUAGGAAGUUGAUGUGUUUUUUUUUUGUUUAAAUUCAGUCCAAAGAGGGAGAGAGAAAAGAGGAGAGAGAAAGAACAAGCUCAGGAAGAACCAGCUGAGUAGCAGGAGUCUGGUGGAGCAGCCGAGGAACAAUUUUGGACUCAGCUCAGCCACAAUAGAGGAAACAAUGACUUCAACACAGAAGGACCAACAUGGAGCGAGAAGUCAGCGCUCUCAGGAGGCCGACAAACCUCAUAGAAGAAAGGGAGAGAAAACCUACAGCUGUGAUGAGUGUGGGAAGAAUUUUACCCAGACUGGGCACUUAAAAACACACCGACUUAUCCACAGUGGAGUUAAACCGUAUAGCUGUGACUUGUGUGGAAAGUCUUUUACCCUGGCUCAAAACUUAAAAACACACCAACUCAUCCACAGUGGAGUUAAACCUUACAGCUGUGACUUGUGUGGAAAGUCUUUUACCCAGGCUGGAGGUUUAAAAACACACCAACUCUUCCACAGUGGAGUUAAACCUUACAGCUGUGAUUUGUGUGGAAAGUCUUUUACCCAGGCUGGAGGUUUAAAAACACACCAACUCAUCCACAGUGGAUUUAAACCUUACAGCUGUGAUUUGUGUGGAAAGUCUUUUACCCAGGCUGGAAGUUUAAAAAAACAUCAACUCAUCCACAGUGGAGUUAAACCUUACAGCUGUGAUUUGUGUGGAAAGUCUUUUACCCAGGCUGGAGGCUUAAAAAGACACCAACUCUUCCACAGUGGAGUUAAACCUUACAGCUGUGAUUUGUGUGGAAAGUCUUUUACCAAGGCUGGAGGUUUAAAAACACACCAACUCUUCCACAGUGGAGUUAAACCUUACAGCUGUGAUUUGUGUGGAAAGUCUUUUACCGAGGCUGGAAGUUUAAAAAAACACCAACUCAUCCACAGUGGAGUUAAACCUUACAGCUGUGAUUUGUGUGGAAAGUCCUUUACCCAGGCUGGAGGUUUAAAAACACACCAACUCUUCCACAGUGGAGUUAAAGCGUACAGCUGUGAUUUGUGUGGAAAGUCUUUUAACCUGUUUCAAAACUUAAAAAAGCACCAACUCAUUCACAGUGGAUUUAAAGCACACAGUUGUGAUUUGUGUGGUAAGGGUUUUGCUCAAAAUUACGACUUACAGAGGCAUCUAGUUACCCACUCUGGAAUUAAGGCGUACAGCUGCGACUUUUGUGGAAAACGUUUCAGCGACAAACACUACCGAAAUAUUCACCUACGGAUUCACACUGGAAAUGAUGUUUAUUGCUGUGAUCAGUGUGGGAAACUGUUUGCAACAGGUGCACACUUACAACGACACAUGUUUAGCCACACUGAGGGGAGACCUUAUAAAUGUGACCUGUGUGAAAAGACUUUUAAAGCUCCACAUCAGCUGAAUAUCCACCAACAGAUCCACACCAGAAAGUAACUCUACAAGUGCAGUUACUGUGAGGAUGUAUUUAUUUUUAUCUUGUAAUUGUAACCUGAGUGUUUGGAACAAGUCUGAUCAGUAAACUUAUGGAGUUAUACUGAAUGAACUGUUUGGAAAAAUGAAGAAGUAACCUGAGUUUUAUAGUGUAAACAGUAAAAUAUAAUUGGACGUUGGCAGAGAUGCUUUUUAUUUCAGGCGCCGUUCAUGAUAAAAAUGAGUUUCCUGAUUUACAAUGUCUUUGUUUAGAAGUGGAGCAAAGCACAUGGAUCCAUUUCUCAACUAGGGAUGGGUAUUGAUAAGAUUUUCACGAUUCCGAUUCCAUUUCCGAUUCUGUUUAACGAUUCGAUUCCUUAUCGAUUCUCUUAUCAAUUCUUUUUAAAAAAGGAGAACACUAAGGUCGAUUAGCUUAGAACUUUGUUUUAUAUCUUCUCUUUGAACAAGAUAGAAAUUUAGGAGUAACAUGGCCUUACAAACCCAACAGUGCGAUUUCAAGAGAACCAGCCUUCAAUGGGGCGUCACAGUGUCCCCAGGGAAAAAAAUGUAAAUGUAAAAUAAUAAAAUAAAUAUUCUUCUGUAGUAUAACAUAAAUUAUUCUGUAGCAAUUACACAAGAAUAUCCAGUAAUGUCCCUGGCUACAAUAAAACACAUUCACUUACCGAAAAUCGGGGGCAUCUGCUGUGGCAAAUGGGUGCAAGCCUUUUGCCACAAACUUAUCACUGCUCGGUGACAUUCAUCCUGGUCUGAAAGGAGACGCUACCGGUAGACUGCAGCGAGAACUGCCAGCAGCUGAGCCAGCCAGACUCUGUCUGUCUCUCUCAUCACGGUCACCUAAAUGCACAGUAAUGGCAGGUUUUGUAAUAAGGCAGAUCACGCUAACAUAAUACGCACUGUUAGUUGAUUAUUUACCUGCCGCAUUAAUGGGAGAGGACGCGCAAACGUUACCGCUGCUGCUGGGUUGAGAUUCAUGAGUCCGGAGCAGAAUUAAAAACACAACAUUCAUUUAAGGUCAUCGCGUGUUUUGUGAGCAAAUGCUUUUGCAUAUUCCUAGUGUUUCCUCCCUUAAUGAAAUAUCUACUUUUCAAGUAUUGCAAGUUUACCUGUUGUCAUCCGUUCUCUAAAGUUUAAUCAAACUUUUGAGCGUUUGAGCCGCUUAGACGCCGUGUUUCCUGCCAGGUAAAUGACGCUCCGCAACGUGGUGACGUCAUUUGGGGCGACUGGAAUCGAUAAGGGAAUCGUUUGCAAAAAUGGCAAACGAUUCCAAGGAAUUGAAACAGUGGGAACCGGUUCUCAACAAGAACCGGUUUUCAAUACCCAUCCCUAUUCUCAACCCUGUCGUCACUGUGGUUGUGGGAAAGAGUUUCUCUGUGACCUUUGUGGAAAAACCGCCAAUCAUCAACAGGACCUAAAGCCACAUCAACGUAGACACACUGGAGACAAAAUGAACUACUGCAAAGAAUGUGGGAGAUGUUUCCACACACCAAGUACAUUAAAAAUACAUGAACUCUUCCACAGUGUGGUAGAAAAGCACAUCUGUGACCAGUGUGGGUCAUCCUUCACCACUGCACGUGAGCUUAAAGAAAAAGCAUAAGGGAAUCCAUACAGGAGAGACACCAUACAAGUGCAGACACUGUGACAAAAGCUUCUCACAAUCAGGUCAUCGUAACAAACAUGAACGUACACACAUGGAAGUGAACUUCAGCUGUGACCAGUGUGACAAGAGCUUCAGGAAUGUCAGUUCAUACUCCAAACACAAACAAUCCCACGCUGUAAAUAAACUGUUUCACUGUUACCAAUGUGCAAAAACAUUCACUUCAUUAUCUGCUCUGUGCAAACAUCAGCCUGAUCAUGCAGGACUGAAAUCACUGGAUCACAAUGAAUCUGAAGAGAGAGAAAGAUCCUCUUCUGGUUUCAGGGUCAGACUUAAAAAAUCUUGAGAUCAGGCUCCACAGAGUUCAGAUGGAAUCUCCUGUAAAGAGUGUCAGCUGAUGUCACACUUGGACCUGCAGUGAAUAAUCCUGAAUGUUGCAUUUAGGACGCUGCAUGUAUAGAUAUGUAUUUCAAGUUUAUGUUUUUUCCUUUGAGGGAUUUUAAUUCUCUAAAAUGUUAUCCCUGUUACAUUUUGAUCUUUGUUUCCUUAGGACACAUUAGUGUUUAGUAGUUGUACUUGUUACUGUAUUAUUAAAGUUAUAGGAAUGUCUUUUUUACCAAACUAAUCAUGUAUCAAAAUUGCAGAUAUGGUUUUAUAUAUCAAUUUCUUUUAUUUUAGCUUUCUUAGUUUUUCCAAAUUAAAUUCUUUUUUAUGUAUUCAUUUUAUGUGUUACCUCAGUUAAUUUUCAAUUCUUCAUUCAUAUUUAAUCUUUUGCUGUUGUAUCUUCUCCUAAAUCAUUUUCUCCCAAAACUGCAAAUAUUUUCACAGCAGUUGCUCUUAAAACCUCCAAAAUGCACUAAAUCUGUCCACCAGCUUUGAAACAACACCUGCUGUGACUUUAUGUCCAGAAAAAAGAAACUCAAACUAAACUGGUUUUGGGCUGUACUUCCAUAUAAUACCAGUUUGUACCAGAAGAUGAAGCAGUGAGUCAGUGUAACCUUUAUUCAGUUAGGCAAAUAACACAAUCUUAUUCACAUUGGCAGCAAAGAAAUGGUGAAAGUUAAAAACAGCAGCACACAUCAGGACCAUUUUAAAGAUCACAGGUGACUACUUUUACUUAAUUCAAAUUCUGUUAAACCUCUAUUUUUUGCUCCUCCUUUCACUUUAGUGUAUUAAAUCCUUGAAGUCCACAUGUUGUUUUUUUAAUGAAUUUUGAUCCACAUGUUUGCAGCUGUUUUCUUGUUGAUUUGAAGUUUGUAUUAUGAAAUCCUGAUAAUGUUAAAGUGUUAGUUAUAUUUGUGUUAUUUGCAUAGAGUUUAUCUUAUUAAACAGUUUGGUGUAAAAAAUAGAGAAUUGGUGUCAGAACAAGUAGUUUGAGCCAUGAUUUCAGAUUCAAACUAAUUUAACUGUUUUCAGUGGUACAUGUGGAGGUUUAUCAGAGGAGGCGACUUGGCUCCACUCACACUGAACAAGGAUCCUGCAGCUCAUUAAAAACUAAAAUGAUUUUGAAGGAAAAUUUGUUUGAUUUUUCUUAAAAAAAAGUGCUGUUGGCAUGAACUUUUCA